UCCGGCACUCGAAGCACACAGUCAGUGAUGACCUCAAUACUUCUGUGGUUCCCACACCUUGGUCUGUGUGCCACCUGCUGGCCCCAAUCAGAUCUUUUAUAAAGCUACUUAACUCCAUUGUUAUUUGCUGUGGUUGAAAACAACCAGCAGAUGGUAGAAUUUUUAAUAAGGAAAGGCGCAAAUAUACACGCUGUUGACAGGUUGCAAAGAACCAUUCUCAUGUUGGCUGCAGGCCAUAGCUCUGCAAAUAUUGUCAGACUUCUUCUUGAACUCGGUCUUAAUCCCUGCUCUGAAGAUAUCGAUGGACACACUGCAACAUAUUAUGCUUCUCAUAGUGGCUUCAGAAUAAAUCAUUUAAUACUUGCAAUGGGUGAAAAAGAAUACACAUAUAAAAUGUCUCAAAAUAACAAUCCAGAUAUGAAUGGUGAAGAAGAUGAUAUAAAAAGGAGGAGCUUCAGCUUGUAUGAAAACAAAACCAAGGACAAGGAGAACGUGAAAUGGACUGUACCACACCUGGAUAUAGGAGUAGUGGGAAAGCCCGGUUCACGCCCUGGUGCUCCACUUCAGCUGAAGGAUGACAACAGUGUUCAUGAAAUAAAUCCAGAAGAAAGUUCUUGUAAAAAUAAAGGCAAGAAAAAUGAAAACAGGAAAUGGACCUCUGAAACUCCGAUGGUUGUAGGAACAUUGGAAACGGCCAAGUCACCGCCUGGUGGUCCACUGCAAUUGACUGAGGACGACAGAUGCUGUGAAACAGAUCCAGAAGAAAAAAGGUCUUAUGAAAGUAAAGACAAGAAAACGGAAAAUAGGAAAUGGUGGACCGCCAGAAAAGCGAAGGUGGUAGGAAUAUCGGAAGAGGACACGUCACCGCCUGGUGGUCCACUGAAGUCGGCUGAGGACAACAGAUGCUGUGAAGCAGAUUCAGAAGAAAAAAGGUACACAUCUAUGAGUUCUUCAUUUCUCUCUGAAGGAAUGUCAACAGUGGUGGCUUUUUCUUGAAACAACCCAGAAUAGUGUCCUGU